AUGCCUCGGAGCUCUUCAGACCCCCCCAACUCAACCCCCAUCCAAGACACCCAACACAGGCCACAGUCUCCUCAUGGCUUCCUCCCAAUAGAUCCCCCGUCAGGGCGGGACAUGCCAACCUACUCAGCCCGGCCGUCGACCGAGUCCUCUCGUGCCGACCACCUGGACGACCUCGAGAAGAGCCUCCCGAUCCACACGAUUCCGUCUCUGCGACUGCAGCUAUGGCACUCUAUCCGGCAUGGCCGAAGGGUCAUUGGCGAACCCCCGGACAUAUUGCCCGACGAAUCUCAUCAUCACAACUCUCCACCUCACAACUCCCCUCACAACAAUACCAAAGACGACGAUGAUACCAAUACAACCAACAACGACACCCCCCAGAAGCUAUCUCUCCGCACUCGCCUCCGCCACUUCACCUGGGCCUGGUACACCCUGACCAUGUCCACAGGCGGCCUAGCCCUGCUCAUCCGCGCCCAACCACACACCUUCCCAGGCCUGCACCAAAUCGGACUGGCCAUCUUCCUCCUCAACAUCCUUCUGUUUCUCCUCGUCACAGCAGCCCUAAUCACCCGCUUCUGUCUCUACCGCGGCACCUUCCUCACCUCCAUGACCCACCCGCGCGAGGGGUUCUUCUUCCCGACCUUCUUUUUGUCGUUGGCAACCAUCAUCACCUGCACCCAGCGCUACGGCGUACCAUCCGACCCGGAAUCCGCCCUAAAAUCCACCCGCCCCCUGCUAAACACCAUCCAAGCCGCCUUCUGGAUCUACGUGGUUUUAUCCACAGCCGUCGCCAUAGGCCAAUACUCCCUAAUCUUCUCCUCCACACACAAAUUCGCCCUCCACACCAUGAUGCCCACCUGGAUCCUGCCCAUCUUCCCCAUCAUGUUGUCAGGGACAAUCGCGGCCGUAAUCGCCGACACGCAACCCGUUGAUUCCGGGGUGCGGAUCGUUUCGGCGGGGUGGACAUGUCAGGGUUUGGGCGUCGCCGUGGCGUUUAUGAUGUAUGCGCAUAUGGUGGGGAGGUUGAUGCAGAGUGGGUUACCCGAUCGGGAACAUACGCCGGGGUUGUUUAUGUGUGUCGGCCCACCGGCGUUUACGGCGUUGGCGUUUAUUGGGCUGGCGAAGGGUUUACCGGAGGAGGUGGAUCACGAUUUGGAUGGGGUUGGGGAUGCGGCGAUGGUUGAGACGGUGGGCGUGGUGGGGGCUGGGUUUCUGUGGGCGUUGAGUUUGUGGUGGUUUGGGAUUGCGUUGUUGGCGGUUGUUCGGCGGCCGCCGAGGUUUUUUCAUUUGGGUUGGUGGGCGGCCGUGUUUCCGAAUACGGGGUUUACACUAGCGACCAUCUCGUUGGGGACGGCGUAUCGGAGUGAGGGGGUGUUGUGGUUUGCUACGGGGAUGUCGCUGUUGGUGUUGGGGGUGUAUUUGUUUGUGUUGGUGCAUCAUGUGCGGGCGGUUGUCGUUGGCGAGAUUAUGUACCCGGGGCGGGACGAGGAUAUAGAGGAGCAUUAA